CCCGGCACCGCGCUUUGCACUGUGCACAAGAGCCAGAGCUGCGCCUGUCACCGCCCCGCGCUGCAGCCUCGAUUGGCGGGGUCCCGUUGCCUUCUUCCUGCAGCUGCACAUUUGACUUUUGGGUCAGGCCGCAGGGGCGAAUCGAUCCGGUGGCAUGGGGGGCUUCAGCGUUUGGGACUAUGUGGUCUUUGCUGCCAUGCUGCUGGUGUCGGCUGUCAUCGGUGUCUACUACGCCUUUGCGGGAGGGGGACAGAAGACCUCCAAGGACUUUCUCAUGGGGGGCCGAAGCAUGAGUGCCGUCCCUGUGGCUCUCUCUCUCACUGCCAGCUUCAUGUCAGCUGUCACUGUGCUGGGCACCCCAGCUGAGAUCUACCGCUAUGGUGCCAUCUUCUGCGUCUUCGCCAUCACCUACGCCCUGGUAGUGCUGUGCAGUGCUGAGAUCUUCCUGCCUGUCUUCUACAGGCUGGGCAUCACGAGCACUUAUGAGUAUUUAGAGCUUCGAUUUAAUAAAUACCUGCGUCUCUGUGGAACAUUCCUCUUCAUUAUACAAACGACUUUAUACACUGGUAUUGUCAUUUACGCUCCAGCUUUAGCACUAAAUCAAGUCACGGGCUUCGACUUGUGGGGUGCCGUGGUGGCAACCGGCGUGGUCUGCACUUUCUACUGCACAUUGGGCGGUCUGAAAGCAGUGGUCUGGACAGACGUUUUCCAGGUUGGAAUCAUGGUUGCUGGAUUCUCAUCUGUGAUUAUACGUGCUGUGGUAGUCCAGGAGGGAAUUGGACGUAUUGUAAAUGAUUCCUACUACGGAGGAAGAUUAAACUUCUGGGACUUUAAUCCCAAUCCAUUGCAAAGGCACACCUUCUGGACGAUUAUUAUAGGUGGGACCUUCACAUGGACUGGCAUUUACGGUGUCAACCAGUCUCAAGUACAGCGAUACAUUGCAUGCAAAACCAGGUUCCAUGCAAAAAUGUCCCUCUACAUCAACCUGGUGGGCCUCUGGGCGAUCUUGGUCUGCGCAACGCUCUGCGGGCUGUCCCUGUACUCCAUCUACAAGGACUGUGACCCAUGGACGGCAAACCAGGUGUCAGCACUCGAUCAGUUGAUGCCCUACCUCGUGCUGGAUAUUCUCAGGGAUUUUCCAGGAGUGCCAGGGCUUUUUGUGGCUAGUGCCUACAGUGGAACAUUAAGUACAGUGUCCUCCAGCAUCAAUGCUUUGGCUGCUGUGACCGUCGAAGACCUCAUUAAGCCAUACUUCAAAUCCCUUUCUGAAAAGAAGCUGUCAUGGAUUUCCAUGGGGAUGAGCCUGUUUUAUGGUGGAGUCUGCAUUGCUAUGGCUGCACUGGCAUCUCUCCUGGGUGCCUUGCUCCAGGCAGCUCUCAGCAUUUUUGGUAUGGUUGGUGGCCCCCUUUUAGGAUUGUUUGCCUUGGGAAUCCUCUGCUCCUUUGCAAAUGGAAUUGGUGCAUUUGUGGGUCUAAUCACUGGCUUUGUUAUUUCACUUUGGGUUGGAAUUGGUUCUCAGAUUUAUCCUCCCCUCCCAGAGAGGACUAUGCCUCUCCCCCUCUCAACUGCAGGCUGUAACAUAUCCAUCUCAAGCAAUUUGACUACACCAACAGAAAACCCAUUAACAACAAUCUUCAGCACACAGGCUGCAGAAAGGCCUCUCCUGGCAGACCACUGGUAUUCCUUGUCCUAUCUCUACUUCAGCACCCUUGGGACACUUACCACGAUAGCUGUGGGAAUGAUUAUCAGCCUCCUAACAGGAGGACUGAAGCAGCACACAGACCGUAAAUUCCUGCUGACCAAAGAAGAUUUCCUGUCCAAUUUCUCCUGGUCUAAAUCUGAGACAGCAGAGAAAGUGGUUGUGUUGAACUGGAAAACAUCUGCAAUGGUAGAUGAAGGAACUGACAACCCUGCCUUCAGCCACAUUGAAAUGGAUGAAGCAAGUGAUAAGAACAAAGCCAAUGGCCUUCAUAUAUGACAUGGAGCCAUGUCAGCCUUUGAGGACAGUUUUGUUCAUGUAAAGCACUGUUGACACUCCUGUAAUGGGUCAGUUACCAGCCCUGCCAGGGUCACCGGCAGGAGUCUGCUGAGCUUCAUGGUGCUGUCACCCAUGCACAACUUUGACGUUAGUCGAGAAAGGAAUCAGGUCUUUCCUGCUCUUGUUGUCUCUCUCACACUCUGAAUCUUGGUGACAGGGCUUAAGGUGAUGUAUCAGUGUAGAAUAUUUUCCUGAUGUUCUUGGGCCUCCUGGAAAAUACCUGCUUUUACUUUCAGUUCACUCUCGGGGUAAAUGUUUUAUUUGGUAAGAGCUCUGUCCCCCGGAUAUGACUGUUCUCUGUGGGCUUUUUUUCCUUUUUUCUAUGAAGGCAUUGAAAGAGUGAGGUGAUCAGUACUGUGGGAUCUUAUCAGACUGCAGCAAACAGUGGAUCUUCAUUUUAGUGGAGGAGAUGUACUUAGUGCUGUACUCUUGGUACUCUGAUUGCUUUGUAGAGCUGAUCCUGAGAGCAUGUUUCUUUUGCUGGUUCUGUCGUACGUUCGCUUUCAUUAGUCUCAUUCUUUGUUUACCUGCAUCGCCUCAUCUCCUCUUACGUGCUUACCGUUGGCCGCUACAAAACUGUCUUUGGAAGACGGGUAAAAAUAAGCAUCACUAAUACUCUUCCCUUUACUCCCUACCUCACUCUUUAGCCUCAUCUUGGUCCAAAAGAGAUGGUCCUUGUGAUGAAGUAAACAAUCUGGGCUCUUCAUUCUGUGCCAUGUAGCAGAACCACAUGCAGGCCCAUGACUGCUUUUGCACUGAGCUGGGCAAAUGUAUUAAUGUAGGAAGAAGAUCCUCCUUGCUGUAUUGGAAUAGAGAGAAAGCUGCACUUGCAGUUGGCUGUUAUCUGUGGAGCUGUGAGCUGAAACUUACUGUAACCAUUUGUGUUCUUGCAGUCCCUGCUGUAACUGCAAGGUUUCACUUGCAAAGUUGGGCGAGAUCAGGCUAGAGCAUGUUUUGUGUUUUGCUUAGAGGGCAGAGUUUGCUGUUCUGUCCCUGGGAGGGGAAGGGAUUGCAAAGGCUGGAUGAAGUAUUUUCAUGGCUGCAGGGCACAGGAUGGCUCAUCCUCUGGCUGAGCUGCUUAUGCCCUUAUAUUACUUCUGGUUUGAGAACGUAAAAAGCCCAUAGCUUCCUUACCCUAAUUGCUUGCGGAACAGGCUUUUUGACCCACUGUGUCAGUUUUGUACUAUGUACUUUUUGUGACAUCAAUUGAUGGGGGUUUAAAACUCUGCCGGAGCAUCAAGUUGGUAAAUAAAAAUCAUUGCAGGAAAGCCAAGCACUGAAGCUUAUAAAGCAGUCACACUUGAGACACAAAUCAAACACUGACUGUGUGUAUUAAACUCUUUUAAGAAGUUACACUGAGAUAUGCUGGGCACUGAGCUGCUAUUGUUUGGGAUUUGGUAGUACUAGUUUACCUAUGCUGAUUUGGGCCCUUUAGCACUUAAUCCAAGCUAUUCUGUGCCCACUGGCAGCAGGCAUUGGUGAUCUACUGCAUAAGAUGGGACCAGUAAACUUAUAGGAGGCAUAAAUGGGAGCAGGCCUCUCCUAGCACAGUACAGACCAGACAUACCCUACAUGGGUUGCCACUAGGAGCACAUCUCCAAUGGCCAACCAGUGCAAAUGAUGAAGGUAGGCUUCCCCUUUGCCACCUGAGGUGUGGGCUUUCAAGAUGCAAAGCAGACUCCCCUUCUCUCCCACUCCUGCUGAGGUACUUUUGGCCCAUGGAUAUGGGCAACUACAAAUACUGUUAUCUCCACUCAGCUGCAGAGAGCCAAAAGCCUAAGUGAAGAGGACUGGUGUCCCUUUGUUUGCCUCUGCUCAGUGAUGUGUAGUAAGCCAAGGGCAGAACCGAAGCCUGCAGCAAGUAUUCUGUGCCUUCUGGUAGAACUACAUCACUCCCAGCCCACAUGCUGUACUCCCACCUGACUGUGAUUCUCAGGAGGGUGACUGAUCAGUACAGCUCUUUGUUGCACCACACUGGGUUGAGAUCCUUGUUUUGAACUGAUGCUGCCUUGGAUGACCUGUGACUUCUACCUGUUUUGUUCAUGGAGUGAAGACUAAUCUUUCCAGCAAUCACAGUUAAGAAAUGAUGUGUCAUGGAGUUUAUUCUUAGUACUUUGAAUUCACACGGGGAAACACGUAAGUCUUCACUUGAAGUCACCCUUUGAGCACUGACAGUCAUUUUACUCUCCUUUUGGUAUGAAGUGAAAGCUUGGGCCAGAUGGCAUCUGUUGGCCCACAGUCACAUUGAGAUGAGUUUUUACUGGGGACAGUACCUUGUUGUAAGAGGUUUGGAGGCAACAUUCUUUCUGCAGAUGACCCUGACAACUGUCCUUUUUCUCAUUAUCUAACCUCCCACUUGCUGCAGAACUAAAAAGUGACUCUUCUGCUUUACUUUCUUUUUUUUUUCUUCUUUCCUGUAUGCUUGUUGUUUUAAUUGGCAACCCUAAUUAAAACAGUUAAUUUUGAAUAAUGUUUUAUCUAUAUACUAUAUAUAUAUAUAUAUAUAUAUAUAUAUAUAUAUACACUAUAUACUGUCCUUAUCUAGCUGUGCACAGAGCCAGGGCUUUGUGUGUGUAAAAACAAGAUAAUUCUCAGUGUCUUCAUCAGAGUCCUGCACCAUGAUCCUUCAUCUCUCCCAGUUAAGAGCUCGCCCAACAGAGAAAUGCAAGAGAAUGAGUGCCAGUUAAUUCCAAGGGAAUAGGGCCACUCUACACUGCCCGAGUUACACGCAGCAUCUGGGAGGGCUGAGAGAGGAGACAAGUGGAAACAUUAAAAAAUGAACUGAGAA